AUCAUCUUCUCCUGAUGUGGUGCUGGUGCAGUCGCGAGACACAGAAGCAUCUUUCCUUCACACACACAUAUAUAUGUUAACAGCAAAGGUACUUUACUAUGGCAGACAAGAGUGAGCUCAAAGCUGAGCUGGAACGGAAAAAGCUACGGCUAGCACAGAUCAGAGAAGAGAAAAAGAGAAAAGAGGAAGAGAAGAAAAAGAAAGAUGGUGAUUUCAAGAAAGAGACCUCUUCUGCUUCACAGGUUGAGUUGGACCUGGAGAGAAAACGUAAAGAGACUGAAGCACUACUUCAAAGUAUUGGCAUAACUACAGAGCCCUCCAUGGUCCAUUCUCCUAUUUCCCCAUCGAACAAAUCGCUGGGAACGCCAAGUGAGUCUGAGAGCCAGGAAUCUGUGGAGGGCACAGUUGGAUCCCGGACGCUGCAGUGGGAUACAGAUCUAUCUGUGCUUCAACUUCAGACUGAUUCUGAAAUGCGACAUCACCUGCAAAAGCUAGGAAUAACCAGAAUUACCCAUGUGGAUAUUGCACCUUGUGAACGCCUUGCACACUGUAAGGAAACACAGACACCAGUGGUUGCUAAACCAGAUGAAGAAGGACAAGAAACAAUGGUUUCUCUGACAGCUGUAAAUGAAGCAGAGACUGAAACAGCUGAAGAAACUCAAGAGGAAAGAGAGGAAGGGCAUCAAGUGAAUCGGCAUGAACUAACAGAGGAUGAAAAAGAAAAAAUUCUUCAAUCAGAUGAAUUUCGGUCCUUCUUUCAUCACACCUCUAGGGUGGUUGAGAAAGCUCUGACUGAACAUGUUGACAUCUUUUUUGACUACAGUGGACGCAACCUCGAUGAUAAAGAAGGAGAGGUUCAAGCGGGAGCCAAACUGUCUCUGAACAGGCAGUUUUAUGAUGAAAAUUGGUCAAAGGAUCGUGUUGUCACUUGUCUGGAUUGGUCACAGCAGUAUCCAGAACUACUGGUUGCAUCAUAUACUAACAAUGAAGAUGCUUUGAAUGAGCCUGAUGGUGUAGCCCUUAUAUGGAACAUGAAGUUUAAGAAGACCACUCCAGAGUACAUCUUUCACUGUCAGUCAAAAGUUAUGUCUGCCUGCUUCGCACAGUUUCAUCCAAACCUGAUGGUGGGUGGAACAUAUUCUGGUCAGAUUGUUCUUUGGGACAAUCGCAGUAACAAGAAGACACCCGUCCAGCGGACUCCACUAUCUGCUGCAGCUCACACACAUCCUGUGUAUUGUGUGAAUGUCGUUGGCACUCAAAAUGCUCAUAACUUGGUCAGCGUUUCCACUGAUGGAAAACUGUGUACAUGGAGCUUGGACAUGCUGUCUCAGCCACAGGAUAGUAUUGAGCUGGUACACAAACAAUCAAAAGCGGUUGCUGUAACCUCCAUGUCCUUCCCAUUGGGCGAUAUCAAUAACUUUGUCGUGGGCAGUGAAGAAGGCUCAGUGUAUACAGCUUGUCGCCUUGGCAGCAAAGCUGGAAUCAUUGAGAUGUUUGAAGGACACCAGGGUCCAGUGACAGGAAUCCAUUGUCACACAGCAACAGGAGCAGUGGACUUCUCUCAUCUCUUCAUCACUUCAUCAUUUGACUGGACUGUGAAGCUUUGGUCAACGAAGAGCAACAAGUCACUAUAUUCGUUCGAGGACAGUUCAGACUAUGUGUUUGAUGUCAUGUGGUCCCCUAUCCACCCUGCACUCUUUGCAUGCGUUGAUGGGAUGGGCCGACUCGAUCUUUGGAAUUUGAAUGAAGAUUCUGAGGUGCCUACUGCAAGUAUCACCAUGGAGGGAAAUCCUGCAUUACAUCGUGUACGCUGGGCACAGUCGGGGCGAGAGAUUGCCAUGGGAGAUUCUGAAGGUCAAGUGUUGAUUUAUGAUGUUGGUGAGCAAAUCGCUGUUCCCCGGAGUGAUGAAUGGAGCAGCUUUGCCCAAACGCUUGUUGACCUUAAAGCAAAUGGAAAUGAUGCAGAGGAGGAAGCAACAACAGGUCUCCUAGCAUAAACAUUAUAGCGGUUUUGCCACCUUCUCUCAAUUUAUUAGUGGAAGAAACUACUUUCAUUCUUACUAACGCAAAUAAGCUUUCCUAUUGCCUCUCCUUACCAAUCAAUCAUGUAGAGAGUAUAAUGUGUGAAUUGUGCCAAUUUCCUCAUGAUUCAAUAUUUCUUCAAGACUUUCUGCUUGGCUGAUAAUAUUCUCCCUGCCCAUUUCUCUGGUUAAAGCCUCCAGCGUUGCUGUGUGUUUUCUAUUACUACUUAUAUCUAGGUUUUUUUUGUUGCUCUUCCAGUAACCCAAGGUGGUAGUCUCCAACCUUUGAGCAGCAGAGUAGAUCUGUAUGCCUUUAUUAGUGAGUGGGCCCAAAUGAUUACUCUUGGAUUGAAAAGACCCAUGAUUGAACAACAUGUUAUGCUUACAUUAGUUACAACAGAACCUUUCCUCAUACUCUAUGAAAACUUGGAGGACGAUAUUCUGGGCUGCUAAUACUUAGAAACACCUCUGUUAGAGUGCGGAGUUACUGACACUUAACUGGGCCUAAAAAUCCAGUGACAGAGGUCACUUUCUUAUUCUCUUCCCUGCUACUCAUGCUGUGUUGCAAAUUCUCUCCGCAACUGGAUAAUAAGUGAAGGAAUACAUCAAAAAAUACCCACUUAUUUCACAAUGUAGUAUUAUUACAUUCCAAGCCAGUGGUGCAAAUCAUGGCAUUUCUUGAUCUGUCCGAAAAUGUUGCAGAUUUCUUUAACUUUUUAAAUUUCCCAUGUAACUUGCAAGCAUAGGCCAGGCAGCUAUCAAGUAUGGCCUAGUCGAAAAUAAACUGCCCAGCCUAAUCGCUAUCCCUACUGGCUGCAGCUCUUCAAAUUCCAAUAUUGUUUAAAUGUAGGGAGUGAUUUUUGCUUCACCCAUCCUUUCAGGCAGUGAGUUUCAGUCCUCAAAACCCCUCCACCUACCCACCCAGCACCCUCUUGAUGUAAACAAUUUUCCUCCUCUACCCUCUAUUCCUUCCACCAGUUACUUUAAACUUUGUCCCCUGAUUAUUGAUCCCUAUACUGAGGAGUAAGUGUUUUCUAUUUACUCCAGCUAGCCACUGAUAAUUUUUGUGCACCUGAAUGAAGUGUUCCUCUUUCAAAGAAACAACAUGGCUUAUUCAAUCUUUUCAACAAUUUAAACUUAACCGUAUUAACCAAGGUUUAAACUACUGGUCAUCUGAAAACCCAGAAUGUCAUUUCAUGAGAAAUUUUUUCGGUAUUUUGUUAUUGAUUGUAUUUUCUCGCAAGGAAGUCAGGAAAUAAUAUAAUGCUUCCACCCCUUUUAUUCCUGGUCGGUUUUGGUGACAGGCCAACACUAUGCAUUUUUCCAUUCUUGGACAGGAUAAAUAUUUCUUCCCUGUCUACAGUCAGUCAUUUGAACCUACGUAGUUUGGAAGUACCCACACACAUUGCCUAGUUACAGCUUCUUUCAAAAAUAUUCUUCCAUUGCUUCCACUUUCUGGAAUCCCUCCUAUAUGGGUUCUGGAUCCUCAGUUCAUUAAGCAACUGCCUAGAAUAAUUCAACGGUAUAAAUGAACAAAUCUGUAAUCUCUUUAGCACAAAUACACUUGUUGCCUGAAAGAACUCAGAGCAGCUGCUGUAUCUGAAAACCUGGUUGCUGAAUCAGCGAAGACUUACUCUGUUGAAAACACAGUAGACUAUGGAUGUUCAGAUACUUUAGAUUUUGCCCAAUUAUUUCUUCAGAUAUUUGCUGAACCUCCAAUCUCAAAACAUUCCAGCAUGAUGAGGAGAGACUUCUCUUGCUUGCUUUGUAAAGCUCAUGCCUGACACACCACCUAUGUAAGCCACUACUGUCAGUCCAUCAUGUAGUCAUUAACAAAGUGAAGGUUUAUUUUAAUUGCACCUCAACUUCAAACAUUUAAUGAAAGAUGUUUGAUUUUCAAAUGAUUUUCACUGAAUACUCUUAGCACCAAGAGGAUUUAAAUAUUAUUAUGCCCACCAGAACACUGAUGUCCACUAGUCUUCACAGUUCCUUCAGUGGACCACCAACCAAACAAGAGGGACAAUUUCCUAGUAUCCAGGGUUUUUAGGUGUUUUUUUUGUUACCUAUAAAGAGAAACACAAAAAAAAAUGUUUGCAAAGGAAUCUAAGCAGAUAAAGGGGAUGAGGAAAAUAUAUAGCAAAUGGGGUAUAAUUGGGGAAGUGUGAGGUUGUUCAUUUUGCCGGGCAUAAUGAUUCCAAUAGUGUGAAAGGAAUGAAUGUCGGUGUUCAUCAGAAUCUUGGGUCCCCUUACAAGAAACACAAAGUUAUCAUUCAGGUACAACAAACAGUAAGGAAGGUUAGUAGAAUGUUGGCCGAAUUGUAGGAGGCAUGGUAGGAGAAAGUCUUAUGACAAUUGCACAGGGCUCUGAGACCACAUUGAGGAAUUGUAUAUGUUUUUAGUCUUAAGAAAGAAUAUAUGUAUAUUUUUGGAGGCAAUUGAAUGAAGGUUUGUAAGAUUUUUUGCUUGGACAGAGAUGUUGUCUUAGAGAAGAGAUUAUCUACACUGUGUCUAUCCUCCCUGAAGCCUGGAAGAUGAUCUCAUUGAAACUAUUGAGAGCAUGUUUGAUAGGGUAGAUGCAGUCAUGGGAAUUGAAACAGAGCUAAUGGUCCAGGUUGGAGAACUUUCAUCAGAAAUGGGAAGGAGACAAAAAGAAGCCCAUUAUGCUUCCGUUGGAGUGGGGAGGGGGGUAAUAUGUCUUUGAUUGGAUAAUUCUGGUGUGACCAAGCUGUAAACAGGAGUUAGUGGGUAAAUGGGAGUAAUUGGAGAGCUAGAACAUAGACAAAAGAAUGUAGGAGUUGUGAAAUGCAGAGCAGAAAGACCUGUCCAACGUUCUCUACUCCGCAAGAGAAUAGUGCAGGACAGGAAGAACAAACCAACAUCACAGUUGGAAGACCGAUAAAGACAGAGAAAUCAAGUUAAGUUGUAGAAUUUGAUAUUGAGUCUAGAAGAUUGUAUUGUGCCCAGGAGGAAGCUGAGCGGAGGAUGUUUCCUUCUAGCGAUGUCUAGAACUAGUCUCAGGUGUCAGCGGGUUUAUUUUUCUGUGGAUUGUGAAUCUUUGGAAUUGUCUAUCCCAGACAGCCAUGGAGACUGAGUUACUAAAUACAUCUGAGACUGAGAAAGUUGGAUUAUUGGAUUACACGGGAAUUGAGCAUCUUGUGGACCAGGCAGCAGAGUGGAGGUGAGAGCAAGGGUGAAAUCAGUCAUGACCUAAAUGGUAGUGCAGGUGAGAGGGAUGUAUGGCCCACUCCUGCUCUCGUUCCUUGUCUUAUUAGCUAAAUAUUUAACUCAAAUGUAACAUUAUUUAUAUGUGAAACCCCGCAGGUUUCCUUGGCUGUGUAAGUCUAGGGAAUACACACUCCGGUCCUGGAGGGUGUUAUAUAUAUUAACACUAACACUUAUUUAUUUGUUUAAACCAUUUUAAUAUAAUGCUUUUAUGACAAUUAGAAAGGAUGGAAGAAUAUCUUGUAAUAUGGAAUCAGAAUCAGAUUUAAUAUCAGGGGCAUAUGUCUUGAAAUUUGUUGUUUUGCAGCAGCAAUCCAAUGCAAUACAUAAUAAUACAAACCAUAAAUUACAAUAAGUAGUAUGUAUAAAAAGAAAAUAUACUUCUGCAAGGGGAGACGUUGCAUAAAAAUAUACUCAUUUAUGAUCGGGCACUACAUAUUUUGGCAGUGUGCUGUAGAAUGAUGAACUCACCUAAAGAAUAUUGUCAAGUGAAGUGAGUCUCCUUCUGUGCUGCAGAACUUCCUAAUGUAGAGUCAUGCAACAUGUUUAGCACUGCAUAAAAUGAGGUACUGGUGUCGCGAGAUUAAAUGAGGCAUAUUAAAAAUUGUUCUUUUCUAAAACGUAAGAAUGUUUAAGUAGUUUGGUCAUGAGCAAUUCCUUCACAGCAUCUGCUGUUGACUUAGAAGAGGUGCAAAUGAUAGAUGCAAAAGUUUUCAAACGCACUUAAACAGAUGGACUCUCUAUAAAUAACCAAAUACCAUCAAAUGCUAACAUCCACAACUCUUCUUAAUAACUAUACAAUGAAACUAUCCUCUCUUGCACUAACUGUUGUUCCUGCAUUCACUGUUGCCAAGCACAGGUAAGACCUUGCUCUGUGUAGGAACUGGCUUUUAGGUCUCCUUGCAUUAUUAAAAAUAGCCACUUUUAACCUGCCACCUCACCCUGCUGAGGCAGGAUACUGAUGUUGGGCACAAACUUCUGCUUCCAUUCCAGAAUGCAGAAUAUAACACAGCAGAUGUAUCAUUCCCUCAGACAACUGACCACAAGUAGAAAUAUUUUUAUUUAAAAUGCUGCAUCUAUUGAUCAAAUGGAAUGCCUCCUUAUGUGUAUGAGGAAACUACAGUCUAUGGGAUCAAAUAGUUUAAACUGUACUUAAUGCUUGGCAAUGAUUGGUGGUUUAACAAAAGAUGGAAAGAACAGACUUCUCCGUGUACUCAUGGUAUCAUUACAAGCAGAAACAAAAUCAGGAUGGGAUCAGGUUACCAUGCAGUACUUUAAGUCGGAGUAACCACUGAGGCUAACAUCCACAAAUCCACCUUUGAUCACUCAGUUUGCUUUGUGUGCCAUUUGCAUGAUUAUUUUUAAAUGAAAUCUGGAAAAUAUGACAAUUGCAUCCCACGUUUGGGAUCCUGGAUGUUUCUCAGUGCUUCAACAAAAUCCUUCACUAUCUGCCUUAAUAUAGGUUGCAUGGCUAUAUUGGUGUUUAAAAUGAAAAAAAAAUCAUAGCCUAUUCUAGCAGCGCAACUACAGUAUACUGAUAUUAAGCAGAGCUUAAUUAUUAACAUCUCAAAGCUUGAUUUUAAAAAAUAUAGCCUGUUUUUUUGCAAGUGUUAAGAAAUUAAAAUUAUAUAAUGUAUGUGUAUGUUGCUGCAAUAAUGUGUAAUUUGAAUUUAAAUUUUAAUUUGUAUAAUUCUAUUUAAAUGCAUAUCAAGUGCUUAUUAAAAAGUUGUUAAAUAUUUUAUCAUAAUACUUAAGGCAUUUUUAAAAAAAGCAAUUCAUUGUGUAUGAAGCACUUUAAAAAUUUAGACAUAAGCUGGUUAUAUAAAUGGAGAUAUUACAAUGCUUUUUUUGCUGACACUAUAAUGUAUUACUCCUUCCAGAAGUGAGCUGCGAAGUACAAGAAGUACCUUGCUCCUGAGAUUUUUCAAUCAAUGUAUUGCUAGCAUUUUGAAUGCAAAUAAAGUACAGAACAUUCCUGCAAUAUGAAUAACAUACUUCUGUUUUCUUUUUAUAUAGAGAGAUAACAUAACAGAUGCUGCUUGACUGUUAUAUUAACUUUACAUAGUUCCUUAAACAGUGAAAUUCUCAAUCUAAUGCAAAAAAAUCUACAAAUUUUAUUUACUUUCAACUAUAUUAAGGACUUGCAUUCUACAGUACCGUUUAGAAUGCCUCAAUUAAUUUUAUAGCCUGUUGUUACAGCAUUAUAUCAGUGACUGGACAAUGUAGGAAAUGUGCUUUUGAAGAAAGAAGCUGGGAAAACCUAUAACAGUUGUGGAUUCCCUCACCUCUUGUUGAUUUGGUUUUAAAUACAACUAUCAUUUGUGUAAGAGGAGUAGUACCAUAAUGAAACGUGAUGGAUAAAGGCGAAAAAAAUACUGGGAGAAGCAAACGGAAACUUUGCAACUUAUUUGUAGUGUUUGGAAGGCUUUGAUUUUUCACUGGAUUAUUAAUCACUACCAGAUCUUUCAAUGGAAAGGGCAAACAGUAACCCAUGUACUGCCACUAAAUGUGAUUCUUAAUGAUUACAAAUGGAAUGACUGCCACUUUCCCUGCCACUUCUGGGCAAAAGCAAGGGUGUAUUGAGAAAGAGAAAUGUGGUUUUAAUGAUUUUG